AUGGAGGUGGACAGCGGCAGCGAAGUUCUGAGCAAGAUCGCAGCAGGCGAUCCAGUUGAGGAAAGCACAUGGCCGAUCCUCUGCGCCGCCAUCAUUGCGCGGUUGGACAAGAUUGCGCACAAUGACUUCCCCAUACCAACCCUUCCGCCGCCAGCGCCUCGCCCUGCGACGCUAGAUAACCGUCUGCUCUCCCCGCUGCCCUCAUCACCAUUAGAGCACACAACAUCUCGGGAGGCGAAUAAAGAAGAUUCAAUUGACGAUAAACAAGCCGAGCCCGGCCCUGCUGCCCCAGGCGAACUACCAAAGCAGAUCGAGGACAUGUUGACGGAUAUCAAGAAGCACCUCGAGACGUUCGAGUCCUAUGCGCCGCACACGAUCCAGCGACUGGCAGAGCUGAUAUCGGAGCCCCGCGCACAUUACAGGGCUCUCGCAUCGUAUUUACACGCUGUCGACCGAGUGGUUCGAGUUACGUCCGGUACCAAUGUAUACCCUUUGCCGCCCGCCAUUCCGGACAUGUCGAGCAUGGAACUGAACGGCGACGAGAAGGAUCCUGCUACAUCCGUGUCAUGGAGCAACCCCACGCUCCCGACGCUGGGCACGGAUGAGUCUCUGGGGGGAGCCCUGUUGACUCCCAUCCCGUGGCUGACGAGACGAAGCCCCGAGGGCAACGGAGAUGUACCCGUCUCAGCCGGAGCACAGAUCCACAGCGAGAGCACAGAGACAAUCGACGGACCAAACGGCAUGGGCAGGAUCGAAACCGUAUCAGUCAGUGUCAACGGCAUCCCGUCCACAGGGCACGCACGCGGCGUCACACAGGGCGAACUCCUCCGCCAGGAACAGCGUGCCGGCGUUGUCCCCGUCAGCCAACUGAAUCGGAAUCAAGAGUCACUAAACGAAGACGACAAAGACAUGGACGAAGAGGAAGAGGAAGUGCCCCACGCACGCGGACCCGAAGAGAUUGGCGUAGGUGACACGGGGCCCCAGGGAGUGACGACUAGUUAUAUGGGGGAAGAUGGUGUCUUGAUGCAAGGAAUCGACGUCGAAGCAGCCGUUGGUCGUAAGCACGACAACGACUACGAGCACGCCCAGCAAGAAGCCAAAGUCAAGGACGACGACGCAAGCAGCACAUCCAGCACCGAAAGCACGGGUACAAAACGCGAGGCAGAGCAGGAACUGGAGGGCGAGCCGGCCAAGAAGGUCAAAGAGGACGACGAUGAAUCACAGGACGUUAUGCUAGAUGAAGCCUCGGCCGAAACCACGGAAGCCACCACGUCCAAAGGCGACGGUCCUGUAGAAGAAGACUCUCCGCCAGGUUCCGGGGAGGGAAAGGAAUCUGAGAAGCCAAACGAUGCGUCGAGUGACAAGGCGGAGGCAAGUGCCUAG